AUGGCCGCUCAGUAUCAAUACACACCCUUCUCCACUCCAAAAUCAAUCCGCCUCAUCCGCCUCGUCAACACUGCAGAUAAAUCCUCCCCCCUCGAAUGCUCCUUCGAAGAGACUUCCCUCGACAACCCAGUCUCCUACGCAGCCCUCUCCUACACCUGGGGAGGCGAACCCUCAAACGUCCCCCUGACAGUCGUAAACACCACCACCACCACCACAUCCCAAAACCCCUCUCAGCAAACCCUCCAACCCCCGCUGAUGAUAACCCCAAACUGCGCCGCCGUCCUCAACAUCCUCCGUGGCCCACGUAUCCGCGACCUCUCGCUAUGGGUCGACGCUGUCUGCAUCAAUCAGUCCUCGAACGACGAGAAGAGCGUCCAAGUCGGCAUGAUGGCGGAACUGUACGAAAAGGCGAAAUACGUCUUUGUUUGGCUGGGCAACGAGUGGGCGCCUGCUUCGGUGCUCGCGUUGUACAAGGGUGUUCCGAGGGUGAAAGACGACCAGGAGCGAGCCCUAGACCCAACCCUCCUCUCCAAGAUCCAACGCGCUCCCUACUGGCUCCGCGUCUGGACCCUCCAGGAAGCAACCUACAGCAACGCCUUCGUCCUCUGCCUCGACGGCGGGGGCGAGGCCCUCUCUAACAUCCUCCAGAACUGGGGUGACGCGCACAGGAGCCACCCGGACCCGAACCAGCUCGCCAUCAACAUGCGUCGGAAAAUCAUCACGGACGUUUUUACUACGACUAGUACUACUGCGGGUGUUGCUGUGAAUGCUGCAGAUGCCGACAAGCAGCGAGAAGCGGCAGAGAUUGCUGCACGCCGCGGGAAACUGGAUGUCUAUCAGCUCAGGUCGCUGCUGUACUUACAAUCUACGGAACCCCGUGACAAAAUCUAUGCCCUUCGCUCUAUAUUCCCAGAGACGUUUGGAAAGGUAGUUGUCGAUUACACGGAUCCAGUGGAGAAAGUCUACCGUGAGGCGACGAGGCAGCAUAUCCUGGGACAGGAUACUCUCACUCAUCUCCUCCUCCUCGAUGGAGGAAACACUUCGACAUCAACAUCAACAUCAGCAACAAGCACCAAUCUUUCCCCGGUCAAAGACUUACCCUCCUGGGCCCUAAACUGGAACAAACAAGUCACAGAGGGGAGAACUCUCCUCGACGUCCCCGCCUUAUCAUCCCGCGGCAGCAGACCCUACUACAGAUUCUCACCCGACGCCCGCACCUUCUACCUCAAAGGCAGGAGCGUCGCGCGCGUGGGCGAUAGCAUCAGCCCCAAACUCCCAUUAUUCGACCUGUCCUUCGUCUUGGCAGACAAAAAGCAAGACUUCAUCGCCUGGGUGGGUGAUGCCAGGCGUAUUUCCCAGGCCUUCCUCGCAGACAUCUUAUCACCACCGCCCACCGACGCAAGCGAAGAGAAUAAAAAAUUGGCACUACAGACCUUUCGCAGCAUCCAAACCCUCCUCGUACGAAUCCUCCACGCAAACCCACGAACAGAAGCCGACGCCGCCUCCUUAAACGCAAUCUCCACCCCAUCAGCAUUCUCAGAGGCAGUAGCAUCACACACACCGUCUGCCUGGUUGAAAAUCGGCAACAUCAACGCCGCCAUGGGUUCAGGUUGCAUGUUCCUCACCACGGAAGGCCGCUUCGGGUUCUGUGUUUCGGCGCCGGAGCCAGGGGACGAGAUUUGCGUCUUUUCGGGGCUGGAUGUCCCGUUCGUCGUUCAGUCAAGAGGAAGCGGGAGCGGGUAUGUAGUCGUCGGAUAUGCGGUCGUCGAUGGGGUCAUGGACGGGGAGGCGUGGCCUGAUGACGAGGGGGAAGUGACGGAGUGGGCGUUGGUGUAG